UCCUGACCAGAGUUGUGGCAUUUCCAAUUGGAUCUGCGGCGCUAUAAAAGGCUCGCAAUUCCCGGGAGAUGGACUCAUUAAAGUUUAUAACUUAUUACGAAGCGGAAGUGCGUAAAAGUGUCGGGAAAAUAAAAAAUAAUUUAAAAUUGUCAUUUUAAAAGUAAUUUUUAGUGAGAAUAAUUAUAGAAAAAAUGUCGCGAAAUCAAUUACCAGACUCGUCCUCUUCGCCUCCCAUUAGUCACUUACCCUUUCACAAUUUUGACGACGAUCUGAUCAACGAUCUGCCCUCCUGCAUUUAUGCGGGUCAGCAUCAAGGUGGAGGCGCCUCUGGUGGAGGUGGCGGAGGUGGUGGGUCAGGAGGAGGCGGUGGCAACUCUGGAUUGCGUCUCAGCUCCAACAAUCUGCGUCACAUCCAGCAGCAUUAUAUGCAACAUGGCGGAGAGAAUCUGCUGGACUCCUCAACCAACCCAAUGGGGGUGCACAAUCCUGGGGGCGGAGCACCCUUGAUGUGCAACAGUCCCAGUGCCAGUAGCAGUGGAGGAGGCGGCAACAACGGUGGAGGAUCAGGCACCCCUGGCGGCGGAGGUGGCCCCAAUCCUAACUACGGAGCCGUGGGAGCCACUGCGGCCUCCAGUUACAAAAUGCAGCGACAGGCGGCCAAUGUGCGAGAAAGGAAACGCAUCCAGAGGUCCGCCCCAACCGGGUACACCAAAUGUAGCAUCAAUUCGGCCUUCGAUGAGCUGAGGGUCCAUGUGCCCACUUUUCCGUACGAGAAGCGUCUCAGCAAGAUUGACACUCUGCGGCUGGCCAUAGCCUAUAUAUCCCUGCUGCGUGAGGUGCUCCAAACCGACUACGAUCCUUUGACCUAUGUGGAGAAGUGUCUGCGAGGGGAGAUCAAAGCGGAUAGGGCCAAUUGGAAUACAAGUGAUCUAACAGCUCGUCUUUCCUGGAUCAACUGGGAGAACCUAGGCGUCCAUCCUGGUAGACGAACUCUGCUCACCUCGUUGGCCUUGUCCUCGGAACCCUUGUGCGGAGCUCACUGCGGAAUGCCAUAA